CCGUAGGGAAACACUUAAAGUAGCAGCUGGAGUGAACUGUGUCAUCACAACUGACACCACUCCAUGUCAUACUCAGAACUCGCAGCAAGUAUGUUUUCAUUUUGGAGAACCCUUACUAUACCUCGCGCUGCUAGUGGGACUGCAGCGGACUUGUUCUUUCUAUCUCGUCAAACGUCGGUUCUCUACCCCAACAGAAAGUGCUCGGGGAAAAAGUACAAUGUGCCACCGAGCGCCGAGUUUGUUGCCAGGGUGUCGGGGAUCCCCACCAUGGCCAAGUUACCUUUCCAGGAGACAGCUGACGGGCUAGACGCGGCGUUUAUCGGGGUCCCAAUUGAUACCGGGACCUCCAACCGACCCGGAGCAAGGUUUGGCCCCCGGCAGAUCCGAGUGGAAUCUGCCAUGUUGAGAUCUUACAACAGUGGCACCAGGGCAGCGCCUUACGAGUCCCUCAUGGUGGCUGAUAUUGGGGACGUCAAUGUGAAUGUGUAUGACCUGAAGGACACCUGCAAACGCAUCCGGGAGGCCUACAGAAAGAUCCUGGCUACCGGCUGUAUUCCUCUGACUAUGGGUGGCGAUCACACAAUUGCAUAUCCAAUCUUGCAAGCUGUUGCUGAGAAGCAUGGCCCAGUGGGGCUGAUCCACGUGGAUGCUCAUGCUGACACCAGUGAUGUGGUCUUGGGGGAGAAGAUUGGACAUGGGACUCCAUUCAGACGUUGUGUGGAGGAAGGGCUACUGGACUGCAAGAGAGUGGUUCAGAUCGGCCUGCGUGGUUCAGGCUACUCUCCAGAUUCCUAUGAAUGGAGCCGGGCGCAGGGUUUCCGUGUGGUACAAGCGGAAGAGUGUUGGUUCAAAUCUCUUGCACCUGUGAUGGCUGAGGUCAGAGGUCAGAUGGGCGGCGGUCCAGUAUACCUCAGCUUCGACAUUGAUGCUCUUGACCCGGGCUUUGCCCCGGGAACAGGCACACCAGAGAUAGCAGGGCUUACUCCCAUACAGGGAGUUGAGAUUAUUCGGGGCUGUCGUGGUCUAAACCUUGUUGGAUGUGAUCUGGUGGAGGUGUCUCCACCCUACGACACCACAGGAAACACUGCACUGACUGGUGCCAACCUUCUUUUUGAAAUGUUGUGCGUCCUCCCAAAAAUGAAAUACUACUGAUCAUUACAGACUACACGCACAACAGAACAGAACAGUUUGUUCAUAAUAAUCAAUUGAGCAGGCUGCCCUGCUGAAUAAGCCAGUAAGGAAGGAAAUUACCCAACAUAUACAAUUUUUAAAGUUUAAAUCAAUAAACAUAUUGCAUUUGACUGUAGCAGACAUCAUGUACACUAGCUGGUAAAAAGCGUUUUGAUAAAUCAAAGUCAAAAAUAUUCUCAUCUGUCAAGUCAUGUAAACUUGGUUACAUGAAAUAAUAAUCUGAGGUUCCAUAGAUGACCUGAUUAUGUCAUGUAUAACACAGUACCAAUAAAAUUAUAUUAACGACAUUUUUACAGACAAAUGAAUGAAUCAAGCACACGCUAAGUUUGCUUUCCUGUGUCAUGUCACAUAAUUCUAUUGUAUCAUAUUCAUACAAUGCCUUUUGGAAAACAUUAAGAACUUGAAAUGCUUGUUAUGUUUGCUACAUAUAGGCUAUAGCUAUACUGUAGCAUCUGGCAGUUGUUUGGACAUGUAUGGCUGUACCUGCGGUGCUCGCUGCACUCUCCUGGUUCUGCAUGUGUGGUGCUGUUGCAGUUGGUACUCACGGGCAAAUCUCAAAACUUCCUCCACAUUGGUAGAGCCCAAUGAAAUAAAAAACCUGGCUCCUAAAAUAAAAGGUCUCUUUAUUGUGUGUGACCAGCAGGAUGCAGUAUCUGAGGCUAUUUUUCAGAUGUAGACCCCUGGCAUCAAUGUUAAAAAAAAUACAAAGAAACAAAAAAAAUUGACAAAACAAGUAAAGCAGAACUUAGCACAAAACUAGACAUGGCACAGAAGCAAAAAGAUUAGCAACAAAACAAAGAACAGGUUACAAGAUAAAACAACAGAGCAUAGAGUACAAAGAUUAGACACAGCUGUUGAGACGGUAAAAGCAAUAGCGAACUAAGAGGAAACGAUAAGUUCAUAUACAGAAUACAUACAUAAUAAAUAGGCGUAGUGCUGACAUGUAUAUAUUUAUUGACCAUCCAUUGUUUUAGCUGCUUAGUAAAAGACUUCUAUGUGUUUAAUUGUCUGAUAUGGUAUUUGAUUCCACUCCAAUUCCAGUUCAUACCAACUGCACAGCUUAAAACACUUCUAAUAUGAUGUGGUUCAUGUUGCAUCACCUGGUCAUUUUCUCUGAAUUAUCAGGUGUGAACGGAUGUUAAAAAGACCAAGCCUAGGUCUCGUUUGUCCUUGGUCUAUGGAACUGGUGACAGGAGGACAGCUCGUAAAAUACCAAUGUGCUUUUUCGUUAUUUUACAUGCAGAGAACUAACCCAAGCAUGUAGGGAAAAAAAACGUGAGGUUAAGCUGUAAUGAACAAAGUGCAACGUGUUCAGUUCAGAGAUAAGAGUGAAUAAUGAAACCAAACCGAGUGAAUAAUUAAACCAAACCUGGGGGGAAAGAAAGCAGAACUGUUCUUUUCUCGAGCUCCGUGUUGUUGGGAUUCAGCUGUAUGUGUCAACGGGCUUGUCUGUGUUCACCAGGCGGCCUCUGAAAGGCCCUGCUCCAUAAAGUCAAAUUACAAGCUUUUAAAAGCUAAACAUGCCAACUAUGGCGAUGUAGAGAUAAAUUAUUGAUGUUUGUGUUAGAAAAUGACCUUUUAGAUAUAUAGAAAAGGCAAUGUUGUAAUGCCUGAUGAAGAUCCAAUGGUGAUAGAAAAGUUGUCUACUUAAUAAAUAAGGUUAUGGUUUUUAUUUAGUGUGCAGGCAUUACUCUUUUCUGUCACGUCUCGUCUCUGUCAAGUUUUGUUUUUUAGUUUGUUUCAUGUUUCGGUUUAGUUUUCCAUUUCCUGUUUUAUUUUGAAACUUACCGUCUCGUCUCAUUUCAGGUCCGUUGUCUUCCUGGUCUUUGUUCUCCUUCCCGCCUGUGUGAUUACCUGUCCCCACCCCUAUGUGUUGCACCUGUGUCUCAUUGUCUCCCCUGUCUUGUGUAUUUAAGCUCAGUCUUUCCUUUACUCCUGUGCGAGAUCGUCUGUAUUUCUAGUGUGCAGCCUUUGAGGGUUUUUCCCUGUUUCCCUUGGAUUUUUGACCAUUGCCCUUUGCCUGUCGUUUCUUGGACACUGUUGCCUGAAAGUUCUUUCAGCGUGCUAAUAAAACCAUUGAACUUUA